AUAAAAUGUCUUUGGUUUGUUACAGUAAUUCCUCAGCGUCCGAAAGUGAAGAAAAUUUGGAAGAUACUGCGAACUGCAAUAAAUCCAUUAUUAGCAAUAUAAACCGUAAAAAUCUUCCCCAGGCUACUACGUUAUUGGGUGAAAGUAAAGCUUCUGUUGAAGUUAUUGAUGAGCCUUCUUUGCACGAAGGACGCGUAAGAAGUUUUAAACAUGAGCGCGGAAAUUGGGCUACUUAUAUCUUUGUGCCUAUCAGCGAUGAUCUUCUUGAAGAUUUGCAAGAAUCUUGUUCAGCACAAAUUAGCAAAUUGAUCGAAAUUAAAAGUUCCACCGAAUUUCACAUAAGUUUAAGCAAAACUAUUGUUUUGCAAUAUCAUUUAAUUGAUGCGUUUGUUGAAUGUUUGGAAGGCGCCAUCCAAAAUUGCCAAAGUUUCUCAGUAACCUUAAAUCAAUUGAUGGUUUACACGAAUUCUGAACGUUCAAGAACAUUUUUAGCUGUUAAAAUAGAGGAUCUGUAUAUGGUGAAAAUGACGGAGCUUUUAAGCCAUGUUAAUCGAGUGAUGCUUGACUUUAAACUUGAUACAUUUUAUAAGGAUCCUUCUUUCCAUAUUAGCUUUCUGUGGUGCUUAGGUGACCAAGUGAAGUUGAUUGAAAGUCAUUUACCUCAAUUGGUGAAAGCUUUAAAAGAUUGUUUAUGCGUUAAGACCGAAAUACGGAAUAUAAAGUGUAAAAGCGGUUAUAAAGAGUUUACUUUUAAGCUUAAAAAUUAAUUUUUCAAAAUUAUUAAUUGUUCUUUUUAUCAUUAUUUUGCUUGGCUGCUUGAAAUUGCUCCUCCAAGCGUGCCUCUUCCU